AUGCGGGCUUCAGUGGUGACCGUUCUCUCGGCAUGGGCUGCCACAGCUGCAGCUGCACUGCAUGUUGCGGAAAAUCAAACCUACAUCACGCUGGGUAAUGAUCGACUCGUGGCUGUCCUCAAGAAGAGUGUCGGGCAGAUUGUCGACCUCUCUCUUGAUGGCCAAGACUUGUUGGGUCCCCAGUCUGGGUCCACGGGGAUAGGCCCUUACCUUGAUUGUUACUGUAUUCCUUCGGGUUUUUACACGGCCGGGGCCACUACCCCAAGUAUGGAAGUGGUCCAGGGAACAGAUUCGACAGGCAUCAAGUACGGAGGAAUGAUUUUGACCGACACAUAUACCCCCACGGGCCAGCAAUUCCAGCAAUACUGGUUCUUACGCGACGGUGAAACUGGUCUGCAUAUGUUCAGUCGACUAACGUACAACAACAAAACCACCCCGUUCCUCCGCAAUCUCCAGGAGUUCCGAACCUUGUUCCGUCCCAAUUCUGAUCUCUGGACUCAUCUCACAUCGAGCGACGUUCAAACUGCACCGCUCCCAAGCAAAGAUGCAAUUUCAAAGGAAAUUGUUGUUCAAGAUGCUACAUGGACGUUCAACAACACACCCAGCGAUCCUUAUGUCACUCAAUUCUCUGAUUAUUUUACCAAAUACACGUUCUCGAAUCAGUGGCGGAACAACAGCGUCCAUGGCCUCUAUGCGGAUGGAAGCACGUCCAAGGGUGCAACGUAUGGUGCCUGGCUAGUAAUGAACACGAAGGAUACCUACUAUGGUGGUCCACUUCACUCCGACCUAACAGUCGACGGAAUAGUUUACAAUUACAUUGUGUCAAAUCAUCAUGGCGAAGGCACACCUAAUAUCACAGAUGGCUUUGAUCGAACAUUUGGUCCUCAAUUUUAUUUAUUCAACGGCGGGAAGGGGUCCGCGACGCUUGAAGAGUUGCGAUCAGAGGCAGAAAACUUGGCAAAUCCUCACUGGAAUGCUGCAUUUUAUGACUCCAUUGCUAAACACGUCAUUGGAUAUGCUCCUUCCAGCCAGCGAGGUAGUGUCAAAGGAAUUAUCUCACUCCCCAAGGGCGCUGUUCGCACAAUUGCGAUUCUCACCGCCGACGGUCAAUAUUUCCAAGACAACAGUGUGGUCCCGAGCUCCUAUCAAUACUGGACAGAUGUAAACUCUGACGGAACAUUCACCGUGGAUCGUGUAAAAGAAGGAAAAUAUCGACUCACGGUCUAUGCAGAAGGCAUCUUUGGUGAUUUUAUUUUGGACGGAAUCACUGUAGCUGCAAACAAGCAAACUACUGUGCAUAGGGAAUGGAAGCAGGAGUCAGCAGGGACAGAGCUUUGGCGAAUUGGGACUCCGGACAAGUCAUCUGGAGAGUUCCGACGCGGGAGUGCCAGAGAUCCAGCGCAUCCACUCCAUCCACCUGAAUAUCUCAUUUACUGGGGCGCUUAUGACUGGCGCGUUGACUUCCCGAAUGGUGUCAACUACACCGUUGGCACUAGUGACCCGGCCACUGACCUGAACACUGUACAUUGGUCAGUCUUCGGGCCAACCGCGAGUGAUUCUCACAUUGAGUACGACACAACCCAUGACUGGAAUAUCCAUUUUUCCCUCACCUCAAAGCAACUACGAAAGGGAAAAACAGCCACAUUGACGCUUCAGCUAGCCGGGGCAAAGACUGCUUCGGGCAACACCGACGUAUACAAUCCUGCUGAGCCGUACAACAAUCUAUCGCUCGAAAGUUUUAUCAAUGACCAGAAAGAUCCACUCACUUUUAUCAUUGGGUUCAACCAGUCAAGCAGUUGUAUCGUGCGCUCUGCGGUGAGCUGCUACCAGGUUGGAACCAAAUUGGAAUUCCCUGCAAAAUGGCUGCGUGUCGGAGACAAUGUCUUGCGACUACACUUACCCUUCAACGCGACUGACACAGAGACCGCAGUUCUUCCGGCCACCGUGUAUGUGCAAUACGAUGCAAUUCGACUCGAGCUCAAGUGA